GAAGGAGGAGGAGGGGAGAGGGAGGGGAGAGCGAGGGAGGGAAGGAAAUAAAUAAGGAAAGAGAGGAAGAGGCAGGGAGGCGAGGUAUAGCCGCUCCCUUGUCGCUCUGCGUUCUGCAGCAGGCGCGGAGGAGAGGACAGCCCCCGGCAAGCGUCCCGGCAUGCUGAAAGUCACCAUGCCCUCAUCCUCCUCGUCGCCCUCAUCUUCCUCCUCCGGCUCCUCGGCUGUCAGUCACCCCGGCUCCGCCGCUCCCGAGUACUGGAUCGAUGGCUCCAAUAAGGACACUCUGGCUCACUACUUCGAGUUGGAAUCCGAGCUGGGACGUGGGGCUACAUCCAUUGUCUACAGAUGCAGGCAGAAAGGGACCCAGAAACCUUACGCCGUCAAAAUGCUGAAGAAGACAGUAGACAAGAAAAUUGUCCGCACUGAAAUUGGAGUUCUUCUUCGCCUUUCACAUCCCAACAUUAUAAAGCUGAAGGAGAUAUUUGAGACCCCUACAGAAAUCAGUCUUGUUCUGGAACUGGUCACUGGUGGAGAACUAUUUGACAGGAUUGUGGAAAAGGGGUACUACAGUGAACGUGAUGCUGCUGAUGCUGUGAAACAAAUCCUGGAGGCAGUUUCUUAUCUGCAUGCAAAUGGGAUUGUGCAUCGAGACUUGAAGCCAGAAAAUCUGCUGUAUGCAACACCAGCACCAGAUGCACCAUUAAAAAUUGCUGACUUUGGACUUUCCAAGAUGGUGGAAGAUCAUGUGACCAUGAAGACAAUUUGUGGAACUCCAGGGUACUGUGCACCAGAGAUACUACGGGGAUGUGCCUAUGGUCCUGAAGUGGACAUGUGGUCCCUGGGGAUUAUCACCUACAUCCUACUUUGUGGCUUUGAACCAUUUUAUGAUGAAAGGGGAGAUCAGUAUAUGUUUAAGAGAAUCCUGAGCUGUGAAUAUGACUUUGUCUCCCCCUGGUGGGAUGAUGUGUCUCUGAAUGCCAAGGAUUUAGUUAAAAAGUUGAUUGUUUUAGACCCCAAGAAACGCCUCACCACUCUACAGGCAUUGCAGCACCCAUGGGUCACAGGGAAGGCAAUAAACUUUGCACAUAUGGACAACGCACAAAAGAAACUUCAAGAAUUCAAUGCCCGGCGUAAACUUAAGGCCGCAGUGAAAGCCGUGGUGGCCUCCACGCGCCUUGGCAGCGCCAGCAGUCAUGGCACCCAUGAUGGCCACAAGCCCGGCCACAGCCCAGCCCCCAUGCACAACUCCCAGCCCAUGGAGAAACCCACUCAGGAAGCAGCAGGAGCAGCGGCUCCAGAAGAAAUGCUUUAGGUCAAUGUUGCUCGCUCAUGUCAGCAGAGAUGUGUCAUUUCAUACACCAGCUGCCUUGUCAUCCCGCGAAACAGAUUAGUACGCUUGGUCUCUCUGGUUCUGCUUCAAGGUGUCUGGUGAUCCUACCUUCAAUGCAUGUGACUGCUUAUGAAAAUAGUAAAUUGUUCAUUAGGCAUGUCAUGGAAACAGUGUAAUUUGCAGUAAUACCGGCAGGUGAAAACAUGGGGAUUAUUAACUACCUACCAUAAUGUAUAUACUUCAUUUAUCUAGUGUUCCUAGGUGGCAUUUGAAACAAAAUGCUAUUUUGUUUGGUUUUAUGGCAGUAGGUGUCUUAUAAAUGUUGUGAGUUUCUUUGAACUGUUUUCUUCCAAGUUCAUAGUCCUUCAGCAGACAAAAUGGAAGGAAAUACCUAACCAAUGCUUUUAAAACUGAUGUAUGAAGCAAUUUUUUAAUCUAUAAAAUUGAAAAAGUAUUUGGGGAUUUACAUGCAA